CCGCUGGCUGCCGCUGCACGUACCCAAGGAGAGGAGGCGACCGUGACCCCCAAAAUCCUCAUCCUAGAGGAGAGCAGAGGACGAGGAGGGACAAGAGGAUCCGUUAACCCCGACACUGACGAUGCACCUGUUCCUUUACCUGGUGCUGUUUCAGGUCGGAUGGGGUGUUCGGUGCAACGUGCUGUACCCGGAUUUCAACAGUUAUAAGCAAAACCCUAAACCCAUCAGAGAGCUCCGUUUCCAGACCGUGGCCGGGGGUCCCGUGCAGAGUAAUGACUGGUCAAUGGACGAGCAGGAAGGCGACUUUGUGAGAGGGCUUUCUGAAAACAGGAUGGAGAGACACGUGGAUGCCAUAUUUACCAACACGUACAGAAAGUUCCUGGGACAGAUCUCGGCAAGGCGCUACUUACAAAACAUGAUGGGAAAACGGUUGGGGCAAGAAGGUCUGGAUGGGAAAGGACAAGAACCAGGCGACAACGACAGGACACUCAGGGACGCCUUACUGGCAGCCCUGAGGGACAGUGACGUUCCAGAAAGGAGAGAAGAGCAGCCUCAGUAUUACCGGCUGUGACUGCGUCUCCCCUGUCUGAAGCGAUAAAAGGGGAGCCGUACAUUCUAGAAGAACCAUUACGACCGCGCCGCUUGAUUCUCCUGGCACCAGAAGCUGCUGCAAGAACGAACGCUGGUGGGGAAAGUAAUGCCCCCCCCCCCCGAUUGCUUGGCGCUGAUAACUUAUUCAGGAAGGCAAACCAGGGGCUUUAAGAUACUUUCUGCUGUGUUUGGAAAUUCCAUUUAUGCAUUCUAUUCAACGUCCAUCCGUGUGCCAUCAAAUGGUUAAUGUGUAUAUAUAUAUAUAUAUAUACACACGAGAUCUG